AUGGAGAAUGAGUGGGUAGGCGAAGUCGAGGGAGGAGAAAGGGCAAGCAGGGGAGGAGAAGGAACGGGAGGUGAAGGAGGAGAGGUGAAGGGAGGGGAAGAUAUGAGAGGGCAAGAAGGCAUUUCACCUGCCCCCCACACCCCUUCCUCGCUGCACCCACCUCCUCCCCUACUCACACCCAUCUCCUCCCUCACACCCCCUCUCCUUCCUCCCACGCACCGUCCCCUUCGCCUUUGCCCUCCUCCGAGUCCUCCCCAACCCCUCACCUCACAGUGUCUCCCUCUCACCUCAACGUGCCACCCCACCCCCUCACAGUCCCCUCCCUCCCCCUUUCCUCCAGUCUUCCCGUCAAUCCCCCAACGACACAUGGGAGCAGGGAGCAAUGAGGCAGCGGCACGUGCCAACCAGGCUGAAGGAGGUGGGGCAAGCGGUGUGGGGCUGAAGAAUAUUCUCCCCUCCCCCUCCCCAUCCCCCUCCCACUUGAACCCCCAUGCACAGGGUGCCAUGCAGCGGCGGGUGCUGGCAGGGCUGACGGAGGUGGGGCAGGCGGUGUGCAGUGGGAGGGCCAAGUGUGUGGUGCUGGCGCCUAACGUGGAGGAGGUGCCUGGGGCAGGUAAUAUGUGGAGAGGGGAAGAGGGAGAGGAGGAUGGGAGGGUUCUGAUAUGGCGCAUCCAAGGCGGUCUUGCCGCAGCUCUCGCAUCCAUCAUAUCCACAAACACCAUUCUUGUGGUUGUUGCUCUCUCGAGGUGCCGCCUGGCCAAGGUCGAGGUGGCGAGAGGCUGUGGUGGGCUAUAUCAGGUAAAGUACGGGGAGGUGGGGGCUCAGCACAUGGGGGAAUGCAUGUGUGACGGGUAA